AUGGCAGCAUGCUCCUUUGAUCAUACUUUUCUGUAUGUGGCUGUUGGAUGGGAGGGAUCAGCAUCUGAUAUGUUAGUUCUUCAUGCAACACUGGAAGAUGGUAAAUUUAAUGUUCAUGAAGGUCGCUUUUACUUAGUUGACUCGGGAUAUGCUAAUACUUCAAAAUUUAUCUCCCCAUAUCGUGGAUCACGCUAUCAUCUUGGAGAUUUUGCAAAUGGGACCAUCAGAGCCUAUCGAGAUACUAAAGACAAAUAUAAUCAUAGGCAUGCACAACUACGUAAUGCACUGAAAAAAGCAUGUGGAAUUUUAAAACGAAGAUUCAAAAUUUUGAAAGUUGCUGCUCCAUUUCCUUAUAAAACUCAAGUCAAAAUUGUAGUAGCUUGUUGUGCUCUUCAUAAUUUUAUUGCAAGGCAUCAGGGAAAUAAUAAAUACUUUAAUAUGCUCAAUGGAUUAGAGAUGAAUGAGCAUGAAGAUGAGGUGGAUGAGGAAGAAGAUAAAUACUUUAAUAUGCUCAAUGGAUUAGAGAUGAAUGAGCAUGAAGAUGAGGUGGAUGAGGAAGAAGACCCCCAAUACAUGGUUGGUCAAUGGAUUAGAGAUGAAUGA